AAGGCUACAAAUGAAUAUAACACCAGUGAGGACUGGGGUCUUAUUAUGGAUAUAUGCGACAAAGUUGGAAGUACUCCUAAUGGAGCAAAGGAUUGCCUUAAAGCCAUCAUGAAAAGAGUAAAUCAUAAAGUUCCCCAUGUGGCUUUGCAAGCACUUACACUUUUAGGAGCCUGCGUAUCAAACUGUGGAAAAAUAUUUCACUUAGAAGUAUGUUCACGUGAUUUUGCUAGUGAAGCUCGAGGUAUAAUAAAUAAGGCUACCACAAAUGCUGCAAAGAAUGGCUCAUCAUUAAGUAAAACCAAAGAAGAUGAAGAUAUAGCUAAAGCUAUCGAAUUGUCUUUGCAAGAGCAGAAACAGCAACAAAUGGAAACUAAAUCCUUGUACCCAUCUGCAGAAAUUCAGCAAAACAAUCAGAACUCAAGGAAGGUGCGAGCUCUGUAUGACUUCGAAGCCGUCGAGGACAAUGAACUCACCUUUAAAAGUGGAGAAAUUAUUUUUGUUUUGGAUGACAGUGACACCAAUUGGUGGAAAGGUGAAAAUCAUAGAGGAGUAGGACUGUUUCCAUCUAAUUUUGUGACUUCUGACUUAAAUGUGGAACCUGAGGCAGCAACUGUGGAUAAAAAUUCUGUUCCUGAGGAUACUACAGAAGAAAUUAAGAAAGCAGAACCUGAGCCAGUUUAUAUAGAUGAGGAUAAGAUGGAUAAAACACUGCAGGUACUUCAGAGUAUAGAUCCUACAGAUUUGAAGCUCGAUUCUCCAGAUCUUCUAGACUCAGAAGAUAUUUGUCAACAGAUGGGUCCAAUGAUAGAUGAAAAACUAGAAGAGAUAGAUAGAAAACAUUCGGAAUUAUCUGAAUUGAAUGUGAAAGUUCUAGAAGCUCUGGAGCUCUAUAACAAACUGAUGAAUGAAACACCGAUGUAUUCAGCCUACUCAAAACUCCACCAUCCUGCACAAUACCCACCUACAUCUUCUGGUGUUUCAGUGCAGUCAUAUCCUGUACAGCCACCUAGUGGGAACUACAUGAUCCAGGGUGUUCAUCAAGUCACCAUUUCCCCAGGUUAUAGCCUAGGACCGGAUCAGAUGGGGCAGUUGAGGUCCCUGUCUCAAAGUGUAAAUUCUUCUGGAGCAACUCAGCCAGCUCAAGCUGCGUAUUUAAGCCCAGGACCGGAUUCUGUGUUAAACCAGGCGUACGUGAACCAGAACCCUGGCCUUCCGUCAGCUGCCAGCACAGCUGCCUACACCCAGCAGCAGAUGGGAAUGUCAGUGGAUAUGUCGGCUUACCAGAAUAACGCGUCGAGUUUGCCUCAAGGACCAGGUUAUCCCGUGGCAGUUCCUGCUCAUUCCGUUCUACAGCAACAAACAAAUUACCAUCAACAGCCUCUCCUUUAAAAACAAACCAGCUCGUGUUUCUGAAUUACCGAAUAAAGGUUGCCUGACCUAAUGAUUUUUACGAAUACCUGUCACAGAUAUCAAACUACAUUUUCCUUUCUAAAUAACCCAACUUACUGCAUUAGGGUGAUGCAGAGUAAAAAUAUGCAUCAGAUCUGAUUGUUAAGCAUUUGCAUAAAGAUAGCUUGAACUAGAUUAGCUGAUGGUUUAAAAUCAUUUCAGAUUACUUUGAGCCCUUAUUUCAGUG